AUGCAUCUCAACGCCAACAUUGCGCUGCUCAUCGCUGGUUCCCCGCUGGGUCUCGGCUUGCCUCUUCUCGGGGGCGUCUUGGGAACAGUCUCCAGCCUGACUGGCACCCAUCUCGCGGGCUCUGCAGUUCCGAUUGGCAGCACAUCAAACGGUCUCACUAAGGCUGCAACCACGACUGCGACCAAGACUACAACAGGCAGCAGCAACUCUGCCGGAGCUCUGGGUCCAGUACUUGGUCUUGCUGAUCCUGUGCUGGGGCCAGUUGCUGGUGCCGGUGGAACCGUCAGUGGGCUUCUUGCUAGUGUCCCGGCUUUAAUUGAAGCAAAGUGCGACACGAAGUACCAGAAGUGUACCGUUUCUGUAUCUGGACAGAUUGAGAAUAUGCUCACCGAUGGCGGCAACUUCACUGGCAAGGCAACUAUCUCAGCUUGGAUGAAGGACGGGCAUGGAUAUGGAUCCGCCGACCUCGCUGGUGCUGCUCCGCUGCCAUUCCAGAUCGAGUGCAACCCCGCGACAAAUGUUUGCCUGGGCACUUUGGCCGGCAACGUGACACAAGUCUUCUCGAAUGGCAAGCAGAUUGCACUCUGGGGCUGGGCGACUCCUUCUGGAUCCUGCAAGAACGGCACUUGCGUCGGCAGCCUCACUGCCUGCGGAGAUCCUGGCUACAAGGCCAAGCGUGGUGACUUGUGCUGA